AUGGGUCGAGUGAAAUUGGAGAUAAAGCGAAUAGAGAACAACACGAAUCGACAAGUUACGUUCUCUAAACGACGAAAUGGUUUGAUAAAGAAAGCUUAUGAAUUGUCCAUUCUUUGUGACAUCGAUAUUGCUCUCCUCAUGUUCUCUCCUUCCGAUCGUCUUAGCCUCUUUUCCGGCAAAACAAGGAUCGAAGACGUUUUCACAAGAUAUAUCAAUCUUCCUGACCAAGAACGAGAGAAUGCUCUAUCAAAUCCCGAUCAGAGCCGACGCCCAGAUUUCCAGAGCAAAGAGUAUCUACUGCGGACUUUGCAGCAACUCAAGACUGAGAAUGAUAUUGCUCUUCAACUCACCAACCCUGCAGCUAUCAACUCAGACGUCGAGGAACUUGAGCAAGAAGUUUAUAAGUUACAACAACAGCUUCAUAUGGCAGAGGAAGAAUUAAGGAAAUACGAACCAGAUCCAAUCAGGUUUACAACAAUGGAAGAGUACGAAACUUGUGAGAAGCAGCUCAUGGACACCUUAACACGUGUCACUCAACGACGGGAACACAUUUUGAGUGACCAAAUAUCUUCAUUCGAAGCAUCUGCUAUACAACAGCAAAAUCUGGGUGGGCCUUAUGUGAACGUUGGAGGCUGGCUGGCUGAAAACGGGCCUAAUCAAGCCCAUAUGUUCGACUCAUCAGCCCAUUCAGCAAUGUAUGAAACGUUGUUGCAAGGAAGUAGCUCAAGCUCGAACCAAAACAACACCAUGGGUGAAUGCCACAUGACAAAUCCUAAUGGUGACAUGUACCAAGAAUGGGCCCAAGCUUAUACGUCUCCUACGGGUCUCAAUCCCACACCCAUGUUUCCUCCUAUGCAGCAUCAGCAUGGAGUGGUAGGUCCCAAUAUGGAGGAAAGUGAAAUACCGGUAAUGACGAGGGAGGCACAAGCAGACCAUGAAGUCUCCGACUAUGAUAUCAGAAUGCCUCAGCUCAGUAGCCAAUAA